AUGUCCCCCGCCUCAAUCCAAAAUGACCCAAAAAACAGCUCCGACUCCGACUCCGACGUCGAGUUCGAGGAUGUCCCAAUCUCCCUCUCAACCAGAUCUAGAAACAGGGAAGACAUAGACAUCCCGAUAACAAUCCGCUCAAAUCCGCAACCACAAUGGACACCCACUCUAUCACUCCCUCAACAGCGAAGCCAGCCCAUCCCCUCAGGCUCCGAGGAAGAAACCCAGCUCCGAGGCCAGAUCAGCACCGGGAUAGAGAGAGUCACAUACCGAAAAAUGAAAUCCGAUAUGGGCAUGGACGCACCGGAUACACCCGCCUCGGAACGCAGGUAUGAUAGCUUCCAAGACCUUGCUGCGGAUGUGGAGAGUCUCAUUGAUACGCUUUGGGCGUCGGCAACACCGGCAAUCCAAACCGAAGCCCUCAUAACCCUAGCAGGCUUAGUCCAAACCUCCCUCCCGGCAUUUCCCUUCGAUGCCCCUUCAACCCUGAACAUCCUCCACAAACUCGACUCCGUCUUCGCGGCACUGUGUACAAGCACGCAUCCACUCACUGGUGCCGUUCUGCCUGGUGCACAGCCGGGCCAGUCUCUCGUUACGGAGACGCAGAAAGUGCGGGUGAGGAGUUUGGCGGAGAGGACUAGAUAUCAAGUCUUUUCUUGCUUGGCGAUGUCGAAUGAGAGAGGACCAGGUAAUGCUGCUAAUGGUUAUGGGGAUGGUGAUGACGAGGACGAGGAUAGUGGCGAUGAGGUCGAUGAGCCGUGGAUGUUGGAGGCUACGCGGGUUUAUGAGAAGAGUCUUAUGUUACUUGCAGAGCAGGAUCCUGAGGUUGAGGCUGGAAUGGAUGGGUUUAAUUGUUUGUAA